AUGUCAACAUCGCGUGGCGUCCGCACCGUCUUUGUGACGGGUGCGAAUGGCUUCAUCGGCAACGCCGUGUGCGGGUCCUUUAUCCGCGCCGGCUGGGUCGUGUACGGCCUCGUGCGGAGGCCCGAGGCUAUGUCGGAACUCGCGCUCGAGGAAAUCAUCCCCGUCCUCGGAUCCCCGGGGGAUAGGUCGUUCCUGCCUUCUCUCCUUCAGCAGCAGCCGGCUUUCGACGUCAUCGUCUCCGUCACAGAGCAGUGGCCCGACUACGAGAGCCACUUCAAAGAGGUCAUGGCGCUGAUCCAAGCCCUGGCAGACUCGAGCAACGCCCAGGGCGUCCGGCCGCUCGUCAUCUUCAGCUCCGGGUGCAAGGACUACGGCACCACCGGGCUGGACGGCUCGCCGGGCCUCACGCCGCACACCGAGGAGUCACCGCUGAACGCGCCCGACCUGCUCAAGCCGCGCACCGUCAAUGCCCUCAAGGUCUUCGAGCACGGGGGCUCGUACGACGCGGUGCUCAUGCGGCCGACGACGGUGUACGGCCGCAGCGGCAGCUACUACGGCCUCGCGCUCGACCUGGCCCGCCUGGCCAAGGAGAGGGACGAGCCGCUACGGCUGCCCGGCCGCGCCAAGUCGAUCAUGCACGGCACGCACGUCGACGACUGCGGGGACGCCUACGUCGCCGUCGCCGAGGCAGACCGCGCCAAGGUCGCGGGCCAGUGCUACAACGUGUCCGGCCGGCGGUACGAGACGGCCGAGGAGGUCGGCGGCGCGCUGGUGCGGGCGUACGGCCUGCGGCACGGGGUCGUGUUCGAGCCGACGGACUGGUCCGGCUUCGACCCGCUCGUGUUUCUCGUCGACUUUUCCCAGUGGGUGGGCAGCGACAAGAUACGCGACGAGCUCGGGUGGAGGGAUCGCAGGCCUCUCUUCUCCGAGAAUAUUGCUUCGUACCGCGUUGCCUUUGAGGAGUUUGUCAAGCUUGGCCUCGGGAAUACGCAGCAGAUUGGGGCAAACAGUCUUACUGCCAGGUUCAGCAAGCGAUAG